CAUUGUUUUCUUUCUUAUACCCACGCACGCAAGAUGCCCGUCCCCAUGAUGUACGACUACACGGAGGAAACGCCCCUCCUGAUCGCCGGCGACGCAACCACACCCCGGAACCCAAAAGACAUCCACCUCCAGUUCUGCGCUCUCGCCGGUGUUCCCCCCUCGAACAUACCUAAACCCACUUCCACCUCGCCGGCUGCCCGCCGCUCCCUCUACGGCCGCGCAGUCCACAAGCGCAACGUGCAAAACAGAACCUACAUGUUCACUGCAGCCCUAACCAACACCCUUCUCCUCAGUCAGGUCGUGCUCGGCGCCGCGCUCACCGGCCUCGGCGCCUCCGCCUCCUCGCACAUCCUGAUCACCGUGUUCGGCGCGCUCAACACCAUUAUCGCGGGACUAGUGGCGUAUCUCAAGAGCAGGGGCCAGCCGAUGCGGGCGCGCAUGUUCCGCGACGAUCUGGAGCGCGUGGUGGAUGAGAUGGAGAAUUCCGAGGUCAUGUGGCUCGGGAUCCAGGCUGGGGCGCAUGGGUACGAUGAGAUUGCGAUUGAUGGGGAGGUUAGUGUGCGCAGUGAGGUGGCGCGGUUGACGAGGUUGUACGAUAAGGUUGUGCGGAAUAACACGAUGAAUGACCGUGAGUUUCCUUCCCUUUUCUUCUUGUGUUUUGUGCAUCGACUGUGGCUGCUGUGAGGCAGUGAGUGCUGACGGGAGACAGCGGAUAUGUACACCAACGCGACAACGGAUGCAGCCAAUGCGGCACUGAGAGCAAGACCGGCGUUGGAGGCGCCCGUGGCGAAUGCGCCUGCGGCUGGGACGGCGGACGCGACGGCACCGAUAGGAGUUGUGGUGCCGCCCACGGCGACGCCUGAUGACCCUGAUGCGGCGCCGGCUUCUAGGCCGCCAAAGUCGAAGACGCCGCCGCCACCGGCGGCGGCGCAGGAACAGGUAAAUGAGGAUACCGAGGGAGGUGCUGCGUCGACAAUUGAAGAGGGUGGAGAGAGGGUUUCAGCUAAUGG